AUGAACAAUGACGAUGAAGCCCUCAGCUCGGUCUUCAAGAAGAUCGAGCGGGAACGCGCCCUCCUCAAUGCGGCGAAUCAAAUGCGGCAGCAGACCCAGAACGAGACGGUCAGAAGUCGAAUAGAUACCCAGAUCAGAGAAGGGCGCCGCAACAUCCAAUACUUAGAAGAGCGCAUGCGAGAGCUGCAGAUGCGGCGGAUGGGCCAGGGCAUGGACAAUCUGAAUCUGGGGACGGCUAGCAAUGGAAGACCGCUCAGCUCUGGCCUUCACAACGACAGGGAUGGUCCGCCCACCCCGCCUCCGAAGGACUCCAGAGGAGGAUAUACUGAAGCUGGCUCGGACCUUGGAGGCUAUGGCACACAGGACUACAGCCAGAUCGGCGGCCAUGGUGAUAUGAUGCCGCCUCGACACCCAUACGCACCGCCGGGGCCCAAUUCUGGCAUCCCAAAAUCACGUCCCAACUUUACAAAGCUUGAUCUUAUCAAGUACGAUACACCACACCUAGGACCUCGGAUCCAGCUCAUGCUGUCGCAAUUAGAAUUCAAGCUCAAUGUCGAGAAGCAGUAUCUCAAGGGCAUCGAGAAAAUGGUCCAGCUGUACCAGAUGGAGGGCGAUAGGAAGAGUAAAGCUGAUGCUGCGGGACGCCGGAUUGAGAGCACCCAGAAAAUCCAGAUCCUUAAACAAGCCCUGAAACGAUACGAGGAUCUACACAUUGACAUGGAAAGUGCUGCAGACGCUCCAGAUGAUGACAGCAUCAAUACACCAAACAUGCGAAAGCCCCUGACUGGACAACUCUCGAUUCGGAUACUUGCAGUCAAGGAUGUCGACCACGCAACUACGGGUAGAUUUACACGCGGCCCCGAGACAUUUGUAGCAGUGAAGGUCGAAGACAACGUGGUAGCUCGCACCAAGUCAUCACGUACGGACAAGUGGGAGGCUGAGUACCACAAUUUGAUGGUCGAAAAGGCAAAUGAAAUCGAACUCACGGUCUACGAUAAGCCCAGUGACCACCCGUUGCCAAUAGGUCUAUUAUGGAUCCGGAUAUCGGAUAUCGUGGAAGAAAUGCGGAGGAAGAGGAUUGAGGCUGAGAUUAACAACUCCGGAUGGGUUUCUGCUGAUAGAAUGGCUAUAGGAGGGGGCGCGCCACCUCCACAGUUCAACAUGAAUCCUGCACAACAACCAAAGUUUGGUACCCCUCCUCAAAGCACUGGCGGCACUGGUACUGGAACUGCUGGCCCAGACGGCAAUAAUGCCAUCGUGGCCCCCCCACCGAUUGAUGCAUGGUUCGCACUCGAGCCUGCGGGUGCAGUCCACCUGACCAUCAGCUUUACAAAACAAACCAAGGACCGGCGGCCGUUCGAUGUUGGACUCAACCGAAAAGGUGCCAUCCGACAACGGAAGGAAGAGGUCCACGAGAUGUACGGCCAUAAGUUCGUAUCGCAGCAAUUCUACAACAUCAUGCGAUGUGCUCUGUGCGGCGAUUUCCUCAAGUAUUCCGCCGGAAUGCAGUGCGAAGACUGCAAAUAUACCUGCCACACCAAGUGCUACACGAGUGUCGUCACCAAGUGUAUCAGCAAGUCCAAUGCCGAAACGGAUCCGGACGAGGAGAAGAUCAACCAUCGUAUUCCUCAUCGCUUCGAGAAAUUCUCCAAUAUGAGUGCGAACUGGUGUUGCCACUGUGGUUAUAUCUUGCCUUUCGGAAAGAAGAAUUGUCGGAAAUGUUCCGAAUGUGGUCUUACCUGUCACGCCCAAUGUGUACAUCUUGUACCUGAUUUCUGUGGGAUGUCCAUGGCUGUGGCCAAUGUGAUUCUGGAUGGCAUUCGAACUCAAAAGCAGCGGCAGACAACGCAAUCCUCCUUGAGCGGCCGGACAUUACGACCCCAGUCUGGUAAAACUGCUUCAACAGAUCAAACCCAGGUUUCCGCUGACCCACGCUCAUCUUAUGGUUCGUCUGACCCCUCUCGUACAUCUCGAACUCAGUCAUAUGGAGCGUCCUCUGCUUCAUCCGUGGAGGCUACAGAAGCCGCCAAGGCAAUGUAUGCCCAAGGUCAGACCUCGCCGGGUAGACCAUCCGGCCCCGAUCGUACUUCUUCCUCAUCGGCAGCAGCGGCGGCAGCAGCGGCAAUGACUGGUCAAAGAACUCCUUCACAAAAAGAUCAGUACCAUCAAAGAGCUUCUUCGGAUUAUGCUAGCCAAACUGCAGCUGGUCGUAACCCGGGUGGGUAUCCGAAUCGGCUCGAUACUCACGCGGAAGACGGUGGCUACGGUAUGCCUCCAAAGUCUCAAGUUCCCACAACACCGAGUUACAACCCUGCUGCAUAUGCUCAAGUCAGUGGCUAUCCAACUCAGCCUUUCCCUCAGGCCCAGCCUCAAAUGCCCCCUCAAAUACCGCCAACACAAGCAGUCUAUGGCGCACCCCCGUCUGCACCAGAACCAGUAGCUGCUUCUCCAACUGCCGUCGUGCGUAAACCCGCGCCCCCGGCAACUGAAGCUGGAACUGGUCGUCGUAUUGGCCUGGAUCACUUCAACUUCCUUGCUGUUCUUGGUAAAGGCAACUUCGGUAAGGUUAUGCUUGCCGAGACCAAACAAACGAAGCAGCUGUACGCUAUCAAGGUGUUGAAAAAGGAGUUCAUUAUUGAAAAUGACGAGGUCGAAAGCACUCGGUCAGAGAAGAGAGUGUUUUUGAUCGCAAAUAAGGAGCGUCAUCCUUUCCUGCUUAAUCUUCACGCUUGUUUCCAGACAGAGACAAGAGUUUACUUCGUCAUGGAGUAUAUCAGUGGAGGUGAUCUUAUGUUGCACAUUCAGCGUGGUCAAUUCGGGACAAAGAGAGCCCAAUUUUAUGCUGCUGAGGUCUGCUUGGCAUUGAAAUACUUCCACGAAAAUGGAGUCAUCUACCGUGACUUGAAAUUGGACAAUAUCAUGUUGACCCUUGAUGGCCAUAUCAAGGUUGCUGAUUAUGGUCUUUGCAAGGAAGACAUGUGGUAUGGUUCAACAACCAGCACCUUCUGCGGUACUCCUGAAUUCAUGGCUCCUGAGAUUUUACUUGACAAGAAAUAUGGUCGAGCUGUCGACUGGUGGGCGUUUGGUGUUCUGAUCUAUCAAAUGCUCCUGCAGCAAUCGCCCUUCCGAGGCGAAGACGAGGAUGAAAUCUACGAUGCUAUUCUUGCUGACGAGCCCCUCUAUCCAAUUCAUAUGCCUCGGGAUUCAGUCUCAAUCUUACAGAAGCUCCUCACCCGAGAGCCUGAUCAACGUCUUGGAAGCGGGCCGACUGAUGCGCAAGAGAUCAUGAGCCAGCCCUUCUUUAGGAACAUCAAUUGGGAUGAUGUUUACCACAAGCGGAUCCAACCGCCUUUCCAACCUACAAUCUCCAGUGCUACAGAUACCAGCAACUUCGAUUCCGAGUUUACGAGUGUUACACCGGUUUUGACGCCUGUUCAGUCUGUGCUAUCGCAAGCUAUGCAAGAAGAGUUCAGAGGCUUCUCCUAUUGUGCCGACUUUGUGUGA